AGUCAUUGAUUCAAAGAUUACACGCAUCAUCACCAACUCUCAUUUAUUUAUUUAAUUGCGAUGUAAAAAUGGUACAUCAAGUUUUACAAAGUGAGAAUUCUCGAAAUUAUUUAACAAUGAAAAUGAGUGAAAAAACACAAACUGAACCACGAAAAGUGGCCCAAUUCCUCGCCACAACAUUAGCAACUUUAAGCGCUCUUGCAAUGGGAUUGUGUCUUACGUGGACUUCACCAGCCCUUCCUAUGCUCGAACAACCCACAACCUAUCCAAAAAUUACAAAAAAUCAGGGCGCUUGGAUUGGAUCUUUAUUGACUUUGGGUGCGUUUUGUGGCGCUAUUCCUGCGGGAACUUUGGCCAAUUUUAUCGGACGUAAACGGAGUUUAUUAUUUUUUGCACUGCCUCUGUUUAUUUCGUGGAUUAUUAUAGCCUAUGGGAAUUGUGUUGGGGUUUUAUACUUUGCACGGUUUCUGGCAGGGUUGGCAAUAGGGGCGAUAAGUGUCGCCGCCCCUAUGUAUGUGACUGAAAUAGCGCAUACCUCAAUUAGGGGUACUUUAGGGACUUUUUUUCAAGUACAGAUCACUGUGGGAGUAUUAGUUGGUUACAUUCUAGGAACAACAAUCGAGUCUUUCCAGUAUUUGGCAUUGGUGUCGUCAGUAUUUCCCCUCCUGUUUGUUUCUGGUUUUGCUUUUAUGCCUGAAACACCGGCUUAUUUGUACGCCACUGGUCGAAUCGACGCAGCUCGUAAAUCACUAAUUUUCUUCAGAGGACGUGAUUACAACCUUCUCGACGAAGAAUUACAGAAAAUUGCCGAAGAUAUUAAAGAAUCGACGGCAAAUAAGCCGAAAUUGUCGGAUCUUAUCCGAAACAGAGUAACUUUGAAUGGACUUGUGGUGUCUUUAGGAUUGAUGGCUUUCCAACAAUUGAGUGGAGUCAAUGCGGUGCUUUUUUAUGCUGGAAAUAUUUUCGCUGAAACAGGAAAUUCGAUGGGAGCCGAUACGUGUGCGGUUUUAGUGGGCGCUGUUCAGGUGAUCGCCACUCUGCUAUCGACCGUCCUCAUCGACAAAACAGGUCGCAAGAUCCUGCUGCUCGUCUCCUCGUCCAUUAUGUGCCUUUCGUUGCUUGCCCUCGGGCUCUACUUCUUCCUGAAACAGACGCAAGACUUGUCUUUUCUCAGCGCCUUGCCGCUGGUCAGUUUGGCCGUGUUUAUCGUCGUCUUUUCCAUUGGCAUGGGCCCAAUACCCUGGCUGAUGAUGGGCGAAAUUUUCACACCUAAAUCGAAGGGAGUGGCGACUUCGGUCUCUGCGGCGUUUAAUUGGGUUAUGGCAUUUACGGUCACCAAUCAGUACCAGAAUUUGAACGAAAUGCUGGGAGUAGGAGGCACUUUUAUGGCCUUUGGGGGAAUUUGCGCUCUAGGAGUGCUUUUUAUCGCGCUUUUAGUACCCGAGACUAAAGGAAAGGAUAUCGAUCAAGUGCAAGAAGCUCUAAUGCGUACGAGUCGAGUUUAGCUUUAUUCCAUUAUUUGUUUUUUCUGUUAUAAUAAAGUUUGGAUGGGUUUAUUUAUCGAGUGGCUGUUGCAGUUGAUGGGUCAAAGAGGCCCUAAUUAAUUCGAUUCGCUGUAAUCGAUGGGAUUUUUUUGCGCCAUCAAAGGACCCAAUUAAAAUUGAUUAAAAAUUUGUGGAGUCUGUUCAUGUCCUCGCCACUAUUUACUGUUGACGGACAUUAUUGUUCGUAAUAUUCCAAUCAGAUGAUAAUUGAACGUGCAAUUACAUUGUUGUUGCGAAAAUUUCAAUCCAUAAUUAAUGAACAAUUUAUUGCGUAAUAAAUGGAUUUGGGCUACAAAUGCGCUUUCUCAGGCACAUUACAACGCCCACUCCCAUUUAAGUGAAACUUGUAAUAGAGACCCAAACUUAGGAGACAUUACCCUAUAGGUUUUUUAAAUGGAAAUAAAUCUGUUUAAAAAAACUAUGUUGAAAUUAUUAAGCUUCUAGUGCAUUAGAUAAUUUAAAUUUUUUUCAAAACGUAUCGUUUUGUUUGUAAUUGCAUUAGAAUUUAUUGCAAUAAAAAUUAUGUUUUACUUCUCCUGCUAA